GGGAGGCGGGGGCGCUGCUCAAUGCAUUUCAUCGCUCUCCACCUUCAUCUCGGCGUAUCGAGACUUAACCCGGGGUCGCCACCAGCACAGCAAUGCAAACACUGGGAUUCCAGAGCCGAUUCCACGUGCAGCAAACACUGGGACUCCAGAGCCGAUUCCACGUGCAGCAAACACCGGGACUCCAGAGCCGGUCCCACGUGCAGCAAACACCGGGACUCCAGAGCCGAUUCCACGUGCAGCAAACACCGGGACUCCAGAGCCGGUCCCACGUGCAGCAAACACCGGGACUCCAGAGCCGGUCCCACGUGCAGCAAACACCGGGACUCCAGAGCCGGUCCCAUGUGCAGCAGCGUUACAGGUGCACGCAGGAAAUACCAGCGGACGCGCUCCAGUCUGUUAAACGCGCCAUGCUUUGGACGCUGGAAGCAGAUAGUUCAAAUAGCCGGUGGUUUAUUUUAGGGGGUGUUUAUUAUGGGGUUGCGAGCGGAAUGGACACCUCCUGGUAAAGUGAUCCGAGGGUUGCUCCCGGACCGCGGCAGAGAGCAGGCAGGGAUCGGAUCGGAGCGCAGCGUUUUACCAGCGGUGAACGUGAUGCUGCGGAAGAUCGCCGUGGCCGCUGCCUCCAAGCCUGCGGUGGAGAUCCGGCAGGACGGGGAGUCGUUCUACAUCAAGACCUCCACCACGGUGCGGACCACCGAGAUCAGCUUCACUGUGGGGCAGGACUUCACCGAGCAGACUGUGGACGGGAGACCCUGCCGGAGCUCCCCUUGCUGGGACACAGACUCCCGAAUCCACUGUGCACAGACCCUGCUGAAGGGGGAGGGGCCCCACACCUCCUGGACCCGCGAGAUAACCAACGACGGGGAACUCAUACUGACGAUGAGAGCUGACGAUGUGAUCUGCACCAGAGUGUACACGAGAGAGUGAGGAGAGAGGAAGCAAAGAAACAAACCAACAGCGAUGAGGAAACGCUUUCAUUAGGAUCUGAAUCUAACUGGAGCAGCAAGAUCUACCAGCUACCCCCCCUUCUAUCACAGAAACACCCAUCCCUCCCACAUCAUCCAUACACACCCAUCCCUCCCAUCCACCCAUCCAUCCCUACACACACCCAUCCCUCCCACAUCAUCCAUCCAUCCAUACACACACACCCAUCCCUCCCACAUCAUCCCUACACACACACACACCCAUCCCUCCCAUCCACCCAUCCAUCCCUACACACACACCCAUCCCUCCCACAUCAUCCAUACACACACCCAUCCCUCCCACCCACCCAUCCAUCCCACAUCAUCCACACACACACACACACACACCCAUCCAUCCCAUCCCUACACACACACCCAUCCCUCCCAUCCACCCACCCAUCCCUACACACACACCCAUCCCUCCCACAUCAUCCAUCCAUCCAUACACACACCCAUCCCUCCCACAUCAUCCAUACACACACACACACACCCAUCCCUCCCAUCCACCCAUCCAUCCCUACACACACACCCAUCCCUCCCACAUCAUCCAUACACACACACAUCCCUCCCAUCCACCCAUCCAUCCCUACACACACCCAUCCAUCCCACCCAUCCCUACACACACACACACACCCAUCCCUCCCAUCCACCCAUCCAUCCCACAUCAUCCCUACACACACACACACACACACACCCAUCCAUCCCAUCCCAUCCCUACACACACACACACCCAUCCAUCCCACCCAUCCCUACACACACCCAUCCAUCCCACCCAUCCCUACACACACCCAUCCAUCCCACAUCAUCCAUACACACACACACACACCCAUCCCUCCCACAUCAUCCCUACACACACACACACACACCCAUCCAUCCCAUCCCUACACACACACACACCCAUCCAUCCCACCCAUCCCUACACACACCCAUCCAUCCCACCCAUCCCUACACACACCCAUCCAUCCCACAUCAUCCCUACACACACACACACACACCCAUCCAUCCCAUCCCUACACACACACACCCAUCCAUCCCACCCAUCCCUACACACACCCAUCCAUCCCACCCAUCCCUACACACACCCAUCCAUCCCACAUCAUCCAUACACACACACACACACCCAUCCCUCCCACCCAUCCCUACACACACACCUAUUCCUCCCAUCCAUCCCACCCAUCCCUACACACACCCAUCCAUCCCACAUCAUCCAUACACACACACACACCCAUCCAUCCCAUCCCAUCCAUCCCUACACACACACACACACACACCCAUCCCGACACACACACCCAUCCCUCCCAUCCCAUCCAUCCCUACACACACGCACACGCACACGCACACGCACACACACACACGCACACACACACACCCGGGUUACAGUUGAGUGCAGUCUGUACUCGCAGCUGAUGCUGGGUGUUUAACACUUCAGAUGAAAAGCUAUCAGUGCUAACAGCAGUAUAAUAUGAGUAGCAGGCUCUUGUGUAUUCCAGUGAAGACGUCUUUAUUGCUUGGUUUAUUAGCUGUUGUCUGUGUUUUUUUUUAAGUUUCCUGGAUAUAUCCCGUGUCUUUGUCAGCCCGUCCAGUAUUGCUUCAUUUUUUUUAACUGAUAUUUAUUUUGUUAAUAUUUUACAGAAUGUGUUUUGUGUUUUUUUAGUAAGUUUUGCUUGUGCUGUUUUUUUUUUUUUUUACGUGAACGUCAGGCGUUGCUGUUUGCUGAAAAAAUAAAGCAGACGUCUGACUCGAUGA